UCUGUCUCGCUUUCCAACUUUGAAUUUCAAUGAUUAGUAUUUUGGUCUCAUACAAUCUUGUUUAAAUCAAUUUCAUUUUUUUAUUGUUGUUUAUUUAUUUUUGUUUAUCUGUCCUGUUGGUCGGAAAAGCAAAUCAACUAUUAAUAUGAGUUAUAAUCCAUUUGUUUCUUCUGUUCAUGGACAUCCUAGUUUCAAUCCUGUCAAAAUUGGUUCUAGAGGAGGUGCGGGCUCAGACAAUAGACUUGUUAAACCACCAAAACCACUCGAUAAACCAGUGGUUUCAUAUGCUCGUUAUGGUCGCAAAGGAUUACAAUCACCUCAAAAGCAAACUGAUGGUAAAGUCAGUAUUCAGGGUGUCGAAGAAGAAGAAGAGACUGGUGAAAUAUCAUCAAAACAUAUUGCAAGUGCUAGAUUCGCCAGGAAUCAUAAAUUGAUAAAUGAAAUAUUUAACGAUACUGUUGUACCUGAUGUAAGAUCUGUUGUGACAACUGCUAGAAUGAAAGUAUUGAAAAAUCAAGUUCAAUCUUUGACAACUCAUCAAAAAAAAUUGGAAGUUGAAUUACAACAGAUUGAAGAAAAAUUUGAUGUAAAAAAGAGAAAAUUUCUUGAAGCAAGUGAAACAUUUCAGGAGGAAAUGAAGAAGAGAUGUUCGAUUAAACCAGUUGAUCCUGCAUCUUUCCAAGCAAUGGUAGAUAAAGCUUAUCAACAAUUAAAAAAGGAACAAGCCCAGAAAGAAGAAUCUGCCCGUAAAAAGAAAGAAGCUGAAGAAAGACAAGCUCAACUUUUAGCACAAGAAAAAGCAGCAACUAUUGAUAUUCAACCGGUUGAUCCAAAUCAAGGUCCUCAAGCACCUAGACUUUAUCCACCAGCAACUACUACAAUACAUUUAACCUCAGAGAUUCCAAAUAACGGACAAUCGCACCUUCCUGAUACUGGAGAUGUAAGAAUGGAUGACAUGACAACUGUUAAAGAAUAUUCAACAGAAACUAUCGCAACUCCAACAGGUAGUACAAGUAUAGUAGAGUCUAGUCAUAACAGACAAGGAGAAAAUGAACGAUAUGAUACUCGGGUUGUUAUUUUGAGUCAAACAACUCCUCACUCUAGUACUACACGAAUGCCUGUAUCUUCUAAUUCAGGUAAUGCAGAUGUAACAAUGGAUAAUAUUACAACUGUCAAAGAAUACACAACAGACUCAGAUAAUUUGAAUGAAGAAUCAGAUGCUACAACUGUUAAAAGAUUACCCACGACAGAAAUGGAAAUAACUGAAACUUCACGAAUAAUUGAACCAACAACCUCGAAGGCUGACAGUGUUGAAGCGACCAGUAUCACUUUUGGAUCAUCGGGUAAUAGGACAGAUGUAACAAUAGAAACAUUAACAAGUGAAGUGACGGAUUCGAGCAACUUUUCUAAACCAGAAACAACAGCAACAAUGACUGUAUCUGAAGCCCAAUAUUCUACUACAACUGGAUUCAUGCAAAUCGGGACAACAAUUGAACAAAAACUCACCCCUAGUGAAAAAAUGGAUACUCAUGAAAUUAAAACUGAAGAUCAGCCUACAUUUGAAUCGCCAUCUAUGAUAUCCACAUCACUACAACCUUCAGUUUCAGAUAUUACAACAACGAGAACAGACAUUGUUGAUAAUUCAACUGCGCGUUCAACUGUCGAUGUAACGCCUGAACUCGCAUCUACGAAAAAGAGCGUUGAUGAAUAUAACACAGAAAAAUCAUCCACAACUAUUACACAAAUAGAGUCAAUACCUGAUUCUAUAAGAAAAGAUGAAAUGACUAUAUCUGCAAUGAAAGUGCCCAUCAGUGCAGAAAUGGAUGAUAAAUUAAUUAAAGAAUCACCACCGCAAGAACCUUUAGUUAAGGAUAUGGAGAAAAAAGAAGAAACAACCACACAAAUAACAAUAAUACCAACUUCUGAACCAAUUGAUAACUUGAAACCUGUAGUAGAUCCUUCAUUGACUACACUUAUUACACCAGUAACUUCGGAAGUAAUAUCACAACCCAAUGAAAACGAUCAAAAAUUUACAACUACAAUCUCAUCAAGUACGAUAUCACCAAGUGUAGAUGGAAUAUCAACUGAAAAGAUAACAAUUUCAAAUGAAACGUCAAAUCAAGUACCAGAAACUAGUAGCUUGGAAGCUGAAUAUAAGGUAGAAACCGAGGAAAAUUCAACUACAAAAUUACCAUCUACUUCAAUGUCAAUAACAACUGUACCUAGCAUAAGUGGUGAAGCUGCAACAACUGAAUAUUCUGGCGAUCAAACCACUGUUGAAACUACCAGCAAACCUACAGAACCAUUAUCUUCAUAUGAUACACCAACGACAAAAGCAGAAGUUAAAGAUGGAGUUAAUGCAACAGUUGAAUCCAACGAAUGUUGAAGAAAAAACUUUUAAUCUUUCGUCGUUUUAAUACUAUUAGAUAACUCAUUCAUUCGCCUGUAUCACUGACAUUUCUAACGUGCUCAUAGAGCAAGAUUUUGAUAUAAGUAACCUGAUCUACCAACAAAUUUAAAAUAUAUUGUAUAAAAUUUUCUAAAUACAAAAAAAUUUCUAUGAAUUUGAUGAGUUAUCAUACGAUUUUUAUGUUAUCAGUCGAUAACUUCGAUAUAGCUGAUCAUAUUUUUGCACUCUUCCCAAUAAACCAAUUUUAUUAGAA